GGUUAACAUGGCUUUGUUGUCAUUAUAAGGAAGUGUUAUGUUUCAUAAAGUCAAGUGAUUUCUAUUAAUAUACUUAAUUAAAUUAAUAAAAGCAUGGCACGUCCUUGAAUGGAUUAUUAUUUUAUUCAUCAAGCUAAAUGAACAUAUCAUUUUCAUUAAACGAUCAUACAAAGUGAAAGCUAUGGCUGGUGUUAUACAAGAGGUUAGAGAUCCUCUGUCCACGGACAGUAAAGGAUCUACAAAUAUUAAAACAACGAUAUCUUAUGAGGAAAUUGCUAUUAAGCUUUUAAACGAAAAGCUUUUAUUAACGGCUUUAGAAUUACAUGCAGAGUUAUGUGAAGCUGGAAAAGAAUUACCUAUUUUAAGAGAAUUUUUUUCAAAUCCAAAUCAUUUUGAAAAUCAAAAUAUUAAGCCAGAACCAUAUACCACUAUGCCUAGAUCUUCUAGUCAGGCUACUUUGGAUUCGCUUGAUAUGACAAGAUAUUCAGAAGAUGGUGCAGGUAUUGAUGAAAGAGUAGCAAUUUUAGAAUUUGAACUAAGAAAGGCUAGAGAAAAUAUUUCAGCUCUCCGUGCAAAUCUUACAGUAGUAACAGAAUCGGAAGGGACUAUAACUGAUAAAUUCUCUGAUAAGUAUUUAUCUAAUGAAACCCCCAUAAAACCUCAUGAACAAAGAGCUAUAAAUUUUCUUGUUAACGAAUAUUUGUUAGCAAGCUCUUACAAAUUAACAUCAAUUACGUUUAGUGAUGAAAAUGAAAAUCAAGAUUUUGAAGAUUGGCAAGAUGUAGGAUUAAAUAUUCCAAAACCAGCAGAAUUAUUACAAAUUUAUAGAGAAUAUAUGAAAGCAAAUGGAUAUGAUAAAUCAUCUUCUAUAAGUGUUGGUGUGCAAACUGAUUUCUGUGAAAAAUUAAAAGCAGAAACAGAGAAAGAUGAAUUUAAAGAAAUGGUGAAAAAAGUAGAGGAACUUAAACAACAGACUGCAUUAUUAGAACAAGAAAGAUUGGAUUUACAAGAAUUUAUUGUCACUAGUGAAAAUUUAUCUCAAAAUCCAAUUAAACAAGGUAGUAGCGGAACAAUACAAACAAUAAAUUCAAAUUCUACUACUCCAGAUAAAUUUGAACUUCUUGAAACACCAGUUCGUGAUACAUCGACAGUAACUCAAGAAGUCGAAGAAGAUGAUAGCGUUUCUGUUGUUGUCAGUCUUGGCGAAACUGAUCCCGGAGAUAAAGAAUGGACUAGAAUACAAUUACCUAGAGUGGAUGUUACCGAAGGAUCAUCUAUUCUUCCUAAUCCGCCAUCUAGACAUUUACCAUUAAAAUUCAAAAUGGAAGUAAUAGCACAUUGUUUAAUAAAUGUUUCAAGUUCUGCAAUUUCUACUGCAGAAGAAGUUUUCAAAAAUGGUAUAACACGUGAUACUCUUAUUCAAAUUUUAACACAAACAUUACCUCGGAUUGUACCUAAUAUUAUUUUAAAUAAGCGCGAAGAAGUGAUACCAUUAAUAUUAAGCACAAUUCGACUUCAUAAUGAUUCUACAGAAAGAGAAAAAUUAUUACAAUUGUUAUUUAAUUUAAAAAAAAGACCACAAGAAGAUGAAAGACAAUUGAUUUUAGCUGGUUUCAUUGCUAUGGCAAAACUUGAAGAUGAACCAAUGGAAGGUGAAGAAAUUUUGACUAUUUGUUGGGAACAAAGUCAACAUAAAUAUCCUGAAAAAAGAUUAUUAGCUAUUGAGUGUUGUUCCGUAUUAGCUCCAUAUAUGUCAGUUUGCAUAAGAAAUUCUUUAAUGCUUUCUAUGCUUCAACAAAUGUUACUUGAAGAUAAAGAUCCUACAGUUAGGGCUAGUGUGGUGAGAAGUCUUGCAUUAUUGAUAGCUUUAAUGGAUGAUCCUGAUAAAUAUUUUCAGUGUGAAGAAUUAGCAUUAACAGCACUUCAUGAUAUAUCAUCUAUUGUUGUUGAAGUUGCAUCUUCUUUACUUUUACCAAUUUUAGCUCAAUGGGCGCUUUCCCUCAAAAGAUUACAGACACAUCUAUUGCCACGUAUCAUAUCUAAAGUAAAAAGUCAUUUAAAAUCUUCAUAUUUUCAACAUUCACCUAAUAAAGAUCAUGUAGAUGAAGAAAGAAUAGUAUCAUCAAUUGGAGUAUUACAGUAUUUACUUCCACAUAUGAUUAUCUGUAUAGCAGAUACUGAUUCAGUUAGAACUUAUGUUGAACAUGGAAUAUCAUCUGAUUUACCUGAUGUGUUUAUAAAUUUGUGUCAUUCCAAUAUCGUUAAUCCAAAAGUAUUUUACGAUGGUGAUGUGGAUAUAGGAAAUCUUCUAAAUGCGUUUUUUGCAAAUACAUGGGAAAAUGAUUCAUGGCCAGAAUUAGAUUGGUUUACAAAUAAAUUAGUAUUGGAUAUUUUGGAAAUGAUAAAAUCUGUCGAAAUUAAUCAAGAGACAAUUUUAAAUGCUCUUCUAACAUAUAUUCAUUCUUUAUGUUUGGGUUUUGGGCGAUAUAUUACACAAACACGGAUUCAACCAAUAAUUGCAUCUGAAGUAACUGAACUUGAACAACAAUUAACGACUUUAUCAACUGAUAAAAAGAAUAUGAAUUUGACAUUAAUUCCAACAUAUUUAAUUAUAUUAUCCACUUUAAAUGGUAUAGAUGUUUCUAAAUCUUUAAAACAGUUCCUUGUUGCUUUAUCUAUGAGUGGCACCAAUAUUACUAGUUUACAGAUCGCAAUUAUUAUGUUAUGCGCUCAAGAAAAUAUGCAAGAACAUAUUCUUAGUGGUUUAUGGGAUGGGGUAGUACAUCAAAGACCUAUUGUAAGAUGCACAACUGCAACAUUAUUUGGUUGUAUAAUAGCUCAUAUUUCCGAUCAGUUAGCAAGUACUAAGGUAGUUCCUGCAAUUGUAACACUCGUUAGUGAUCCUGAUAUAACUGUUCGAUCUGCUGCAAUUCCUUCUCUUGGUCGUUUAAUAACGGAAUGUAAAGUUAGAGAGAUCCGUGAUAAAGCACGUUUAACUUUAGAAACUAUUGCUAAAGAACCUCAUGGCAUUCCGCCAACCUUAGCACUCCCUUUGGUCUCAACAUUAGCAUUUAUUGCUCCUAAUUGUCCUCAAAAUUAUAUAGAAGAUGUUAUAGCAACGCAAUUAAUGGGCAUAACUUCAUCAGCAUUACAGCAAAAUCGUAAAAUUGAUCUCAUUAGUUCAUUAAUUGAAGCAUAUUCUGUCUUGGUUUAUUGUCCAUUGAGUAAUCAAUGUGUUUCUAGCGUAUUAUUGCCCGGAUUAAAGUAUCUUGAACAAUUGGUUAAUCAAUAUUUACCUCAACAAAAAGAAACAGUUAGAUCAUUAUUACGAGAAACAGAAUCACGACAGGAUCUUUCAAAACCAAUGGAAAGAUCUUUAUCAAUGAGUUCUGGCCUUUCUUUAUCAAUGGCUUCGGUAAACGUAGGACAAGGUGUAGAAGAUAUGAGACAGAGAGUGAGCAAAAUAUUUCAACAAAAAACUAGUUCGCCAAGUAUGUCUAGUAUUUUUCGAAAGAAAUAAAAUUUUUUUGUUAUUCAUGUUUAAUCAUAAA